AGAUGCUGCUCCACCAGGUGGUGCUCCAGGUGAUCCUCCAGAUGCUGCUCCACCGGGUGGUGCUCCAGGUGGUCCUCCAGAUGCUGCUCCACCGGGUGGUGGUGCUACUCCACCUGCUGGACCAGGUAAAGUUCCAGGUGGUAAGGUACCUGGUCCUCCCGCUGGAGAACCGGGUGGUAAGGUACCGUCUAAUGAACCAACAGCGCCACUUCCACCUGGUGAUGGUAAAAUACCGAGUACUUCAUCAGGUAAUCCUUCAUCUGGUACAGAUAAUCCUAAUAAUCCCAAUAAUCCCUCAGGAAAAAUACCUAAUGAAGAUCAAAAUUCAAAUAAUAAAAAUGUUACAAUAGCGAUUGGAGUAAGCGCAACAUUAUCAUCAAUGAUAAUAGCAAUAAUAUUAGUAAUAUGGUUUAGACGUAAACGUAAUAAAACACAAUCAGGAGGACAUUUCUUUGAUACUAUAACAAGAAAUAUUGGAAAUGCUUUUAGUAGUAAUGGUGGUAAUUCAACAUCAUCGGAAGAAAAAAGAAUAUCAGUAUUAAAAUCUGGAUUAAUUAAAGGCAAUAAUUCUAAAACUAAUAGUAGUGGUAAUUAUUCAACGGAAUCAUCAAAUUUAGCAGUAAGAGAACCUAGUAAUAAUGAAGUUAUUGAUUUUGAUAAUAGAAGAACUAGUGGUGGUAUUUUUAUUACUAAAACUCAUUCUAUUAGUGUACAACAUGACAAUGAUUAUUUUGGUACUAGUUCUUUAAGUAAUCUAAGUUCCGCCAAUAGUUUUGUUUCAAUGGAUAAUACAACAAAAUCUCGUAAUAGAAGUAGUUUUACUUCUAAUAAUACCAAAUCUAUUAAUAGUGUUGAAAAUUUAAAUUUUAAUUAUACUACUAAUAAUAUGAAUAAUAAAUAUAGUAGUAGCGAUAGUGGUUAUUUGGCUAAUAGUAGUAAUUUGAACACUUCUAGUGAAGAUGAUAAUUUUCUCAAUAUAAUCACUUUUUAAAUAUUAUUGUAUAAAUUAAAUUAGCAUUAACAAUAUAACA